AUCUAUUUUAACUGCAAAGUUUCAAAUUAUUUAUGCUAUGUAAUGUUAUAAAUGUUUAGUUAUAAAGAAUUUUAAAUGGAUUAAAAUAUGAGAAAAACUUUAUGUUUUUUAUUGGCAUUGCACUUGACUUAUGUAUCAAGUUUACCAGGUAUUGUAAAAACUUUGGCAGGGGGAGGUGAACCACACAAAGGAAAGAAGUCAGAUUGUAACGAUAAAGAAGAUUCAAAAGAUGGCAUUGGAACUGAGGCUCGCUUUAAUUACCCUUGGGGGGUAGCAUAUGAUCACAACAAACAUGCUGUUUAUGUGGCUGACUGUGGAUGUUUAGAUUCUGUUCAUCGGACUGACAAAAUAAGAAAAAUUGAUAUUAAAACAGGAACUGUUACUACAAUAGCUGGUUCUACACAAGGUUUCAGUGAUGGAUUUGGAAAAGAUGCACAUUUUAUGCAUGUUGCUGGCAUUACCUUGGAUCCAAUACUUGAACUACUUUAUAUAGCAGAUAGUGGAAAUCAUCGCAUCAGGAUUCUUUAUUUAUCAAACAAUCGAGUUGAUACAGUUGCAGGCUUGCCAUCACCUGGGUUUGUUGAUCAAUCAACAGUGUCUUCACAAUUUAAUAAUCCCCAAAGUGUUGCUAUUAUUCGUACUGAUGAUUUUAAACGAAGGCUUUAUGUUGCUGAUACGGAUAAUCAUGCCAUUAGAGUAAUUCAUCUUGAAACUGAUUUCUCUGGUGAAGUUAAAACACUGGCUGGCGGUACACGAGGGUUUAAAGAUGGUUACAAAUUAGAUGCUAGGUUUUAUCACCCUACCGAUAUUGUUGUUGAUGGUACUGCUGAAUAUAUGUAUGUUGCUGACCAUUUUAAUCAUGCAAUUAGGAGAAUAGAAUUAAAAACAGGAUAUGUAACAACGCUUUCUAGCCAAGGGUUUGGUGCUGAGAUUGGGUUAAAUAAUCAACCAGUUAAUUUAAUUAUUCAUUACCCAGAAGGUUUAGUGUACGAUCCAGAUUAUAAUUUAUUGUAUGUUUGCGAAUUUGAGAAUCAUAACAUUAGAGUAGUAUCAAUGCAAGGUUUGGUAAAGACAUUAGCUGGAGAGUUUAAAGGUAAAAAAGAUGGUGUAGGAAGAACUGCAAGGUUUUAUUAUCCAUCUGGCUUAGCUUUUGAUAGAAAGAAUAGAAUGUUAUAUGUGUCUGAUCAGUAUAAUCAUCUUGUUCGAACUGUCACAGCAAUUGGUUCAAAUGUUGAGUAUAGCAAUAUAAAACAAGAAGCUGUAUUAGACUCGACCGAUAUUCUGAAAAAAGUAAAAACUGUAGCCGAUCAUUCAUCUCUGACGUUAAACAUUAUGUUAUGCUCAGCUUCGUUGCUCGUUGGUAUUUUUAUUGCUCGCCCUUGCUUAUCUAAGUUAAUCAAAUUACUUAGGCCGUAAAAAAAGUAGUGCAUCUGUCUACUGGUAUGCCAGAUAUUCGUUUCUCUAUGGACUUUUUAGUCAAGAUUCUUCAAAAAUGGACAAAAAUUAGAAUGUUAUUUAUUUUUUAUUUAAAACACAUUUCUGUAAUAAAAUACUGAAAUUA